AUGAGAAACUUCAGUGCCAACUUUGAGUUUAUCCUCCUUGGGCUGACUCCUGAUGCCCAGGUCCAGACUUUACUCUUUAUGCUGUUCCUGGUGAUUUAUGUCCUGACCCUGACAGGGAACUUCACCAUGCUGCUGGUGAUGCUGACUGAUACUCAUCUUCAUUCACCCAUGUACUUCUUCCUGGGUCACCUCUCUUUGCUGGAUCUUUUGUAUUCAUCAGUGACUGUACCCACGAUGCUGGAAAACCUCAUGUCAACGACAAAAGCUAUCUCCAUGGGAGGAUGUUUUGCCCAGGCCUUCUUUGUGUUUGUCAGUGGGGGCACGGAGGCCUGCUUGCUUGCAGUCAUGGCCUAUGACCGCUAUGCUGCCAUUUGCCACCCUCUGCUCUAUGGCCAGAUAAUGAGCAGCUGGCUCUGUAGGGGGCUUGUGGGGGGCUCUUGGGGCCUGGCCUUCCUGGAUGCAUUCAUUAACACCCUUCCAGCUGUAAAUUUGGAGUUCUGUGAGUACAGAACCAUUCACCACUACAUCUGUGAGCUUCCUUCUCUCUUCCUUCUCUCCUGCUCUGAUAUCUCUGUCAAUAUCACUAUCAUGCUCUGGUCUUUUGUCAUCCAUGCUUUUGGAACUUUUCUCCUGAUUUUAUCUUCCUAUGGUUGCAUUGUCUCCACCAUCCUGAGCAUCAGCUCCACCACAGGCAGAAAGAAGGCCUUCUCCACCUGCUCCUCCCACCUCACUGUAGUGAUCCUGUAUUUUGGUGCCUCGUGCUUACGCUAUCUCAUGCCAGCCUCAGGGUCCCCCUGGGAGUUAAUCUUCUCUUUGCAGUACACGGUGAUCACUCCCAUGCUGAAUCCUCUUAUCUAUAGUCUGAAGAACAAGGAGGUGAAGACAGCGGUAAGAAACAUGUUUAGAAAACAUUUCCAGUAG